CUUCAGUUACCAAGCGAACCUCUAAGCGCGAGGUCGUUUUUUUUUGAAGCUCCGCCAAGGGAAUUGUGACGAAAAUCGCUUGGGCAGUGCGCACGCAUGCGCAAAGCCAAAGAAAAGAAAGAAAGUGCGCACAAAAAUAUAAAAACAAACAAAUCGCGCUGGAGAAGUCGAGAAUUGUUAUUUCGUUUCUCAACCACGUCGCAUCUGAAAUCAACGACCUAUAUCUAUAUUUACAUAAAGUAGACACCCCCCUAACUAAAUCCCAAGCGGAUUUCGACCCAGAAAAUGAGCUCGGCGAUCGUUGGAGCCGCCUCGGCCAUUGGAGGAGCGGUAACGGCGGCCACCAGCAACAGUUGGUUCAUCCCGAUGCUGAUGGCAGCGGUGGCCUAUUUUCAGUACGAGGAGAUCAUCGAUCCGGAAUCAAAGCCCAGUGAUGUGGGCGGCGACGACAUCCUCGACCAUUAUGACUUUAUAGUGAUAGGUGCCGGAUCGGCGGGGGCCGUGGUGGCGAAUCGAUUGACGGAGGUGGAGAACUGGAAUGUACUUUUGCUGGAGGCCGGUGGCGAUGAAACGGAACUCACGGACGUCCCUUUGAUGGCCGGCUACCUGCAGCUGUCCAAGAUUGACUGGCAGUACAAGACGGAACCAUCGGGAACAUCUUGCUUGGCAAUGCAAGGAGGUCGCUGCAAUUGGCCCAGAGGCAAGGUUCUUGGCGGCAGCUCUGUUCUUAACUAUAUGUUGUAUCUGCGAGGAUCUAAGCAUGACUACGACAACUGGGAGGCUAUGGGCAAUCCCAGUUGGUCGUAUCGCGACGCUCUGUACUAUUUUAAGAAGUCAGAGGAUAACACCAAUCAGUAUCUGGCCAAUACACCAUAUCAUGCCACUGGUGGUUAUCUGACAGUUGGUGAGGCUCCAUAUCACACACCACUGGCGGCUAGUUUUGUGGAGGCCGGCGUGGAGAUGGGCUACGAGAAUCGGGAUCUGAAUGGUGAAAAGAUGACCGGAUUUAUGAUUGCCCAGGGCACAACACGACGCGGAUCGCGAUGCUCCACGUCGAAGGCUUUCUUAAGACCUGCAAGAUUACGUCCAAAUUUGCAUAUCUCCAUGAACUCACACGUAACACGCAUCAUGAUCGAUCCCGUGACAAAACUAGCCUUCGGAGUGGAGUUCGUUAAGGAUCAGAAACUUUACCAUGUGAGGGCCACCAAGGAGGUGGUUCUAUCCGGUGGAUCGGUAAAUAGUCCACAACUGCUGAUGCUCAGUGGCGUGGGUCCACGAAAGGAGUUGGCCAAACAUCGAAUACCGCUAAUCAAAGAACUGAGUGUUGGUGAAAACCUGCAGGAUCACAUUGGUCUGGGCGGCCUGACUUUUCUGGUGAAUCAACCCGUGUCCAUUGUGGAGAAUCGUUUUCAUACCAUGUCAACUGUACUGCAAUACGCUGUAUUUGGCCAAGGCCCAUUGACCAUAUUGGGUGGCGUGGAGGGAUUGGCCUAUGUGAACACCAAGUAUGCAAAUAGCUCACUGGAUUGGCCAGAUAUUGAGUUUCAUUUUGUAUCCGGAUCGACGAAUUCCGAUGGCGGAUCGCAACUGCGGAAGGCUCAUGGAUUAACUGAUGCUUUCUAUAGAGCUGUCUUUGAACCGAUCAACAAUCGAGAUGCCUGGAGCAUAAUACCCAUGUUGCUGAGACCGCGCAGCGUGGGAAAUAUUCGCCUGAGGAGCGGAAAUCCUUUCGAUUACCCCUAUAUCUUUCCCAACUAUCUGACGGAUGACUUCGAUAUGAAGACCCUGAUCGAGGGCGUGAAGAUAGCGGUGGCAUUAUCCCGAACGAAAGCCAUGCAGCGAUUUGGUUCCAGAAUUUCGAGCAUCCGCUGGCCGGGAUGCGAGCAAGUACCGCUAUUCACCGAUGCCUUUUGGGAAUGUAUGGUCAGGCGGUAUACGUCUACCAUCUAUCACCCGGUGGGCACUUGCAAAAUGGGCCCCUAUUGGGAUAAGGAUGCGGUGGUGGAUGCCAAGCUAAGGGUCUACGGUAUCCGAGGACUUCGCGUCAUUGAUGCCAGUAUUAUGCCCAAGUUGGUGUCUGCCAAUACGAAUGCGCCGGUGAUUAUGAUCGCCGAGAAGGGCAGCGAUAUGAUUAAGGAGUUCUGGAUCAAGAACACCAUUGUCUGAACGAAACUUACUUUAUAGCGUAGAUAAACUAUAGUUUUCUAGAGCUGAUUUCCUAACAGUUUUAGGAACUUAUUAAUAAAUCAGCUCAUAAAAACUGUGCUUUAUCCAUUGAAUGUCUGAAUGUGUGGUUAACGUGAAUGUUUUAUUGAUUGAACUGAGUAUGAUUGCCUGUGAAUGUUAAGAUUAAGUGUCUGCGAGUUGUGUAUAUGUUUUAGAAAUUAAGCCCAAGCUGAUGACCCAUACAAAAUUAUUUUAUUAAACUCAAAUUGGUCCUCAUUUUUUUUUGAAGUAUCUUAUAAGCACGCCCUUGUAUUUAUUUUAAUAUAGUGUGAACGCAAUAAACAAUUAAAAUACGGUC